AUGGCGAUCAUCGCGAGCACGCCGGAGAACGACGCCGCGGUGCUCGCGACGCUGCCGUACCUCCUCCUCACGAUCGCGUUCACGUUCCUCGCCGUCGUGCGCAAGAGCGUCUCGCUCUCCCUCAUGGAGGGCCUGACGUGCUACAUCCUCCCCGAGACGGACGAGGAGCGAUGGCGCGCGCGGAUCGCGAAGGCGACGCACGAGAAGAAGUCGUCCGAAUCGAAGCGCCGCGCGAAGGGCGCGCGCGCGCCGCCCGCGGGUAACAUCGACGAGCUCGGGGAGAACUCCAUCGCCGCGAUCGCGAUGACAAAGAACCAGCUCAUCCUGAAGCCGUUCUGGUCGCACGUCGACCGCCUGGUCUUCUUCGCGUGCCUCGUGAUCGUCCACUGCGUCGCGCGCGAGGUGCACGCGUUCGUCGUCGCGUCCGACGGAGGAGCGGGUUCGGACGCAGAAGGAACGACGACGACGACUACUACGAACGUCCUGCUCGCGCCGCUGGCCGCGUUCAGCGCGGUCAGCGCGAUGCGCGCGCUCGUCAGAGCCGCGAUCGACCCGGCGUCGACGCCCGCGGUCGAGCGGCACGUCGCCGUCGCCGCCGGCUUCAUCGGCUUUGCUUUUUCGCUCGUCUUCCUCCUCUCGUCGCCGGCGUUCGCGCGCGCGUUCGAAGUGGCCGAGACCGCGCGGCUCACCGCGGGCGCGACGCUCGCGGAGACGCGCGCGUUCGGCAUGGAGAUCGUCACGCUCGCGGAGAUGCAGGUGUGCGUCGCGCUCAGCGCGCUCGCCGGGUUCAUAAACGCGGCGCUCUUCGCGCCGGCGACGCGCGUCGACGCGCCGUCGUGGGACGAGGGGCGAGGGUUCGUCGGCGCGAGCGUCGCGCGCGCGACGUGCCUGCGCGUCGCGAUCACGAUCCCGUUCGUCGCGAUGAUCGCGUGGUUCGACCCGCUGAUGCGAGACCCGCUCGGGCUGAGCGAGAGCGCGUUGGCGACGGCCAAGGCUGCGUCGCUCGUCGUCGCGGGCGCGGCGCUGCUGCUCGCGACGCCGAGCCUGACGCAGGGCUUCCUCGACGGCGCGAUCAUCACGUGGUACGAGGUGCAGCACGACGGGAUCGCGUUAGACGCGUCCGCGGCGCUCGCGUCACGGAACGCGGUGAGACAGAAGUUGAUGGUCACGAAUCGGUUGGCGUGUAAGGUUGCGACGCAGGCGGCGGCGCCGGCGGCGUUGUUCGUGUCGUGCGGAGCGCUGCUGCUCGCGGAGGGCGACGGCGCCGGGUUCAGCGUGCUGAACCGCAUCGCGCCCGCGGUGGCGUGGAGGACGAUCGCGAGCUACGUCGGGUGGUGGUCGUGCGCGUCGUGGGCGUUCACGACGUGCGCGUCCAUCGCGGGGCACAACGUCGGCGCGGGGGCUCUCGUAUGA